AUGGAUCUCAAGGAAAAUGAGUUGCGGGAAAACGCUGCAGCGGCUGCAGCAGCAGCAGCAGCAGCAGCAGCAGCAGAAGAUGCCACAGCCAACGCACACGCAGCCGACUGCAGCAGGAACUGCCGCAGCAGCAGCGCCAGCAGCUGCUCCUUCAGCAGCAGCAGCAGCGGGGCUGCAGCGCCGUCCGUAGGGAUCACCAAGCCACAAACUGCAGCAGCAGCAGCUGCUGCUGCUGCUGCAGCAGCUGCACCCACCGUCGGGACAGCAGCAGCUGCUGCUGGUGGCUCUGCUGCAGCAGCAGCAGCAAAUGAGCCACAUCAAGCAGCAGCAGCAGAACAAAGCUGCUGCUGCGGCCCCAAAGAAAUUUCCCCAGAAGUUGCUGCUGGCAACACCUCCUGCCCCCCCCAAACCCCAAAUCCAAUUUAUAACACAAAGACAGAAGACCCUUCUUUGGGGGCCCCCUGGGGGGCCCCCCCGGGGGCCCCUCUAGAGGGGCCCCGGGGGGCCCCCCUGGGGGGCCCCCCGGGGGCCCCCCUGGGGGGCCCCCCAGGGUACCCUGCUGCUGCAGCAGCGUACCCCAGUGCUGCUAAAGUGGAGGCCCCUGCAGGGGCUGCUCAGGGGGCCCCCCUGGGGGCCCCUCAUCAUGAGGCCCACGCAGAACUGCUGGAGGGGGGCCCCUAUAGGGGCCCCCCGGGGGGCCCCCCUGGGGCCCCCUCUGGGGGCCUCUCUGGGGGGCCCCCUGGGGGCCCCCUGGGGGGCCCCCAGGAGGUCUUUGGUGCUGCAGUGCCAAGUGGGUUUAGGGACACAGGUGAAGUAGAGCAGCAGGGGGCCCCCAACGAAGGCACUCCAGAAGCUCAAGGGGGCCCCUUGCUGCCAGCAGCAGCAGCAGCAGCAGCAGCAGCAGCAGCAGCAGCAGCAGCAGCAACAGCACACGGAGACGAGGAGAGCUACGAGCACGCAGGUUCCGGCGACGCAGAAUGGCGGUCGCGGGCUGCUGCUGCUGCUGCGCCAGAAGCAGCAGCAGCAGCAGCAGCAGCAGCACCAGGAGCAGCAGCAACAGCAGCAGCAGCAGCAGCAAGCGACGCAGCAGAGGCCCCCGCAGGCCGCAAGCCAGGGAGGCUGCCAAAGAUAAGAGAAAGGAAAAGGGGGGCCCCCAAAGAGGGGCCCCCCCGAGAGGGGCCCUCAGCGCCAGCAGGCGCCCCUGGGAGCGACGCAGCAGUAAGCACCAGCAGCAGCAGCAGCAGCAGCAGCAGCAGCAGCAGCAGCAGCAGCAGCAGCAGCAGCAUUAGACGCGAGUGGAAGCACGCUAGUUCCCCAGUUGCAGCUUAUCUGAAGAGAGCUGCUGCAGCACUAACAAACUCUGUGUCUGCCGCCUGCCCCGCUGCCGCCCCGCCGCCGCUGCCGCCGCCGCCGCCGCUGCUGCUGCUGCUGCUGCUGCUGCUGCUGCUGCUGCUGCUGCUGCAGGAGAAGGCCACGCUCGCGCUGCUGCGCGAAAGCCUCGUAGUUAUGCUCGAAGACCUGCUGGACUUGUGCUCUCCGCGGCUGCGCUCGGCGCUGACCCCGGAGCAGCGCCGCAGGUUUUACGGGCCGCUGCAGCAGCACGCCAUUCACAUUCGCCAGACUGGAGACGUGCGGGACUUAGUGGGCUACAUGCAACUUUACUUCGACAAAUAUGUUUUGACCAAAAGAGUCCCUUCUGAAGACAACUGCUUCUUCAGAGUCUUGGCUCUUCUGGAGGCCCUCGCGGCCUGGCCGCCGCCGCGACGCCGCAGGGCCCUUCAGCAGCAGCAGCAGCAGCAGCAGCAGCAGCAGCAGGAGGGGGCGCUGCUGCAGCAGCAGACGGAGGAAGCAGCAGCAGACCCCGCAGGCGCGCAGCACGCGAGGGCCAAGCAAAGAGCAGCAAAACGGAGAAGCUUCGCGCUGCAGCAGCAGCAGGCGCUGCAGCAGCAACCGCAGCAGCGCCGCAAGCAGCUGCAACGAGCUGAAGCAAACUGUAGCAAGCUGCAACAAGCUGCAGCAAGCUUAGCAGCAAGCUUAGCAGCAAGCUGCAGCAAGCUUAGCAGCAAGCUGCAGCAAGCUUAG